AUGCACUAUAUCCCCACCGACAACUCGCACAUGGACCGCAGCUUCCUCGACGUCGACCUCGAUGAGCUGAUCACCAAAUUGACGGUCCCCGAGAAGAUCAGUCUUCUCGCUGGGAAGGAUCGGUGGUCUACGGUGGACAUCACCCGCCUCAACAUCCCCAGUAUCAAGGUCACCGAUGGCUCUAACGGUGCUCGGGGCGGCAGCUUCUUCAAGAUGAUCCCCGCGGUCGCCAUUCCAUGCGGCUCUGGUCUUGGCUGCUCCUUCUCCCCCUCGCUCAUGCACGAACUCGGCGGACUUCUUGCUGCCGAGACACUCGCACGCAAGUCUGUCUGUCUCCUCGGGCCCACCAUCAACGUUCCUCGGUCGCCCCUCUGCGGUCGCACCUUCGAGCAGUUCUCGGAGGAUCCGACCCUCUCUGGCUACCUCGCCGCGGCGUACAUCAACGGUCUCCAGGCUGGCGGUAUCUCGCCCACGGUCAAGCACUUUGUCGGAAACGAGCAGGAGCAUGAACGCAACGGUGCCGACUCCAUCAUCGCCCCUCGGGCCUUCAGAGAGGUCUACCUCAGGCCGUUCCAGAUUGCCGAGCGUCUCUCUAGGCCUUGGGCAUACAUGACGAGCUACAACAAGGUCAAUGGCGUCCACUGCUCCGAGGACAAGUGGUUGCUCGACACCUUGCUCAAAGGGGAGUGGGGCUUUGGCGAGGACGGCUUUAUCAUGAGUGAUUGGUGGGGGACGUACUCCAUCGACCUCUCGAUAAAGGCGGGGAUGAGUCUCGAGAUGCCGGGUGGGAGUGGUCUGUAUAGGCAAGAAGCAAUCGUCGUACACCAGCUCAAGUCCCACAAACUCCUCCACUCGGACAUUGACAAGCUGGUCAAGUCGGUUCUCCAGUGGACGCAGCGUCUCGUCAAGCUCAACGCCGACCUCGUCUACUCGCCCGACACGGACGAAUUCACCCGUCCCCGCACCAAGGAGGACGAGGACCUCACCCGUCGGGCGGCUACGGAGAGUAUUACCUUGCUCCAAAACGUCGACUCCAUCCUCCCUCUCGAGCCCAAUUCCAACGGCCCUCUCAAGGUCGCCGUCAUCGGGGCUCAGGCCAAGGCGCGUGUCGCCACCGGGGGCGGGUCUGCCCAGUGUCGUACUUCGUGGUGUCAGUCCCCCUGGGACGCGCUCAACGAGCAGAAUCCGGGCGGCAUCGAGCUCUCCUACUCGCUCGGCGGAUACGUCUCCAAGUACCUUCCCGUCCUCGACUCGUCCUUCACUCGCCUUGACGGCUCCAAGGGGUUCGACCUUCACCAUUACGCUAUCGCGGCCGACGGUACUCAGUCCGCCAAGCCGGCCUACAUUGACACGCAUGACCUCAGUGACAUGUACAUGUACGACUUCUACCAUCCUCGGCUCGGCAUGCACUACUUCACCGAGCUCCACACCCUGUUCACCAGCCCGAUCGAUGGCGAGUACGAGAUUGGCUUCUGCGUCACGGGGCAGGGGUGGCUCUGGGUCGACGGGGAGCUCAGAAUCGUCAAUGCCACGGCGGAGGAGCAGGUGGUCGGUACGGCAUUCUUGGGGUAUGGAACGGCGGAGAAGUCUACGUUGAUCCAGGUCAAGAAGGGUCAGACAUACACCAUCAAGCUGCUCCAUGAUACGCGCCUUCCCUCCGGCUCGACUCGCGGCAAGGGUCCUAUCGUCCGUCCUGGAAUCAGGCUCGGUGCUCGUCCGUCGGUCGACCCGGAUGCGGCUAUCGAGCAGGCCGUCGAGCUCGCCAAGAAGUCGGACCGUGCUGUACUUGUCGUCGGUCUCAACUCGGACUGGGAAAGUGAGGGGUUCGACCGGCCUACUCUGGCCCUUCCCGGCAGGUCCAAUGAGCUCAUCUCGCGUGUCGCUGCCGCCAAUUCCAACACCAUCGUUGUCCUCCAAACCGGCUCGGCCGUCUCCAUGCCUUGGCUCUCGGCCGUCAAGGGUGUCGUCCACGCCUUUUACCUCGGGAACCAGUGCGGUGAUGCCAUCGCCGAUAUCCUCUACGGUACCGCCAACCCCUCGGGUCGUCUGUCCCUCACUAUGCCCGCCAAGGAGGAGGACGUCCCGGCGUAUCCCGACUUCAAGUCCGCCCGCACCAAGGUCCACUACACCGAGGGCACUUGGGUCGGGUACAAGUGGUACAAUAUGCGCAAGAUCGAACCGCUCUUCGCCUUCGGUCACGGUCUCAGCUACACCACAUUCGAAUACUCGGAUCUCCGGCUUUCGGCUCCUCCCCCUACGCUCAAGGUGGCGGAUGAGUGGAAGGCGACGGUGGAGGUGACGGUCAAGAACACUGGGGGCAGAAUGGGGAGUCACUCGGCCCACGUCUAUCUCUCGCCACCCAAGGAGACGGAUGUCAGCUUGAAGCAUCCUGACCAUGCUUUGCAGGGCUUCGACAAGGCGUACAACCUGGCGCCGGGAGAGAGCAUGACGCUCGAGAUCGAGCUCGACAAGUAUGCCAUCUGCCACUGGGAUGACUUGACGGAGACCUGGAGGGCCGAGAAGGGGACGUGGACCGUUAAGAUUGGGCGGGACGCGCAGACGUUCUGGGGAUGCGAGACGUUCGAGAUUGGCCACAACAUGCCUUGGUCUGGGUUGUAG